CUUCUUUGCGGACACUUUCUACUCCUUCCGGUUAGCCAGCACCAUCCCAAGCUCCUCUCCUGUUUGCGUUGCGAUUGCGAUGCUCUUUCACACCAACGAGAAUUAUACGCACCAAUGGAGGAGCUGGGUCGAUUGAAACCGCGUUCUCUCGCUUGCGAGAGGUGUCAUUCCCAGCGAAGAAGAUGCCGUUUUGAUCCAGGGACAGUCGCAUGCGUGGCUUGCGGUUCCAAUAGAGUACCUUGUCAAGAAAGGAAGCAAAAGAGAAUGGGACGUAGACCGGUGGUGCACAAGGUACCUUCCGGCGCUGGAGCCUAUCUCGUUAUGGACUCUCAUAUGGGAGGAAGUUCUUCGGAAUCGUCGGAUUUGACCGCUGCGAAUUGGGCUUCUGGCGAUUCCCCGGCAUACGACACACUGCAUAUCUACCUUCCAAUGAGCCUUACAUCGGAAGACCAAAUGCUUCAACGUACUCUUCGUACAAGAAGAGGGUUUUUCCGCGUGCAUCGAUUGUUCUUGGUUGGGGAAAGCUUCGCAGAUGAUUUCCAGCGGACUGUCACGAGUUUAACACACCAUGCUCCUGAAGUUCUCCCACGCGGAUACAUGGCGGUCCUACAACUCAUGAACAGCCAACGCGAUGCGAAAUCGAGGCCCGGGAUGGAUCUGACCCUCGGAUGCUCCUCUCUUCAAUCCUUCCGGAAUAAAACAACCUCUUCGUUGAAUAUCGAAGGCGCCGCGGUCGUCCUCAUACUCGGACAGCUCCUCCUGGCCUACAACGCCAUCCUCUGGCUGAGCGCAACCCGAACCAUCGCCCAAAGCACACUGCUCGCCAUACAACACUGCUACCCAGCUCUGCGCCAACGACCAGAAUACGACUGUUUAACUAUAACACCCGUAUUCAUCGACAUCAUCGACAGCCUCCUCCGACGGCAAGUCCCCAUCCUCCGACCUCCCGAAACGACGCGCCACAUCGUAGACAGAUGCUGCGGCGUAUUCUCCUCGCUCCUCCCCAUCCUCUACGACCUAUGCCACCGAAGCCACGCCAUCAAAACAAACAGCUCAUCUAAACUCCCUCACGCCGACCCCGCCAACCCAUACGCCGACAUCGAAGAAAAGAUCGAGUCGUGGACACCGCGCUACCCACCAGACUUCUUCAAACGCUACCCACCCGCAGAAACAACCGCCAUGCUAGCAAUCGCCGCCAUCUACCAGAAAACUGCUCUCCUCGUAAUCCACCGUCUGCGCUUCCCCCUGCGGACAAACGACGAUCAUGGUAAAGCCGCCGCUCACAGCAUCCUCGAUCACGUGUUGCCGUUUAGCAAGACCAGCACCGAAGGCGCGACGGGGCUGAACUUGGACUUUCCAUUGCUGGUUGCGACGGUGGAGCUGCCGUCGCGCGGGGCGGCCAUCGCGGCGCUGUUCGAGCCGUUGAGGUUCUGCAAGGCGCAGUUGGAAAGUAAUUUGGGGUUUGUGGAGCGCGUUUGGAAGGCGAGGGAUGAAGGGUUUCAAGGGUCGUGGCUGGAUCUUGUGGAGGGGGUAUAUGUUGGGGAUGUUCUUCCUUGA